CUCUUUUCAAUGUGUUGUUUGCGCGUCGGUCGCCAUUUUUUGUAGCAUAGUAAAAUACGCCUAUUAGACGUAGUACAUUUAAAUUCUUCUUAAUUUAAAAGUGAGCGCCAAAAGUGUCAUUUGAUAAGAUGAAUGAAAUAGAGAGAAAUGGAAUUAUAUAUAAGUAUAUUGAUAUAUACAAUCUAGAUAAUUAAUAUUAUUACAACAAUUAAUUUAAGUAAUUAGUGUUAUUAAUGUUAAUUGUAAAUAAUCUGGAAGGUUUCACUUGAAUCAACAUCGAUUCAAGAUUACAAUCUUUAAUUCAAUAAGAUGUGUAAUAAAAUUUACAAAAGGUAACUCAUACGUAUACAUAUUUCUAAUUGGCUAAACAAUUGUAUAUAGUUUACUUUUAAUCCAUAUAAGCGUGACGUAGAGUGUAACAAUAACUGCGAUAAAAAUAUUAUUGCAAAUUUAAAUCUUAGGAAGCGGUUAUUUAUAUCUUGCAAUCCUAUUUCCAAUAUCCCAUCGAAGCAGUAUCCUUCCAAUAACUUUAAAGAAGAUAUUACCGAAUCAAGGAUACUAUAUAAUCUAUAUAAAUUGCUAAAAUACGAAGAAAGACGAAUAGAUGCAAUUCAUAUAUUAAAUGGAAGCUUGGGAAAUGGAAUAAAAUUCAAGUAAAAAUUUCUUUACUAGAGAAUGUACACAGAGAAUGUUAUGCAAAGUCUAAUCACGAUACAAAACACGGACACACUAGCAAUAAACAUAGAUUUUUCAAAAAAGUGUAUUCGGUACACAAAGUGAAAUCAUACGCUGUUGUCACCGUUGCGAAGCUUGUUCUGGACGCAGCCAAAGUAUCACCUGUGUCGUUAAAAGUGUAAUGACAAUCAAUCAUUGUAAAAUGAUAUUAUCGAUUAAACUUAUAAUAGCCGCUAUUGUUUUGUUAAUUAUCGGCUUGAUAAUUAAAUUAAUAUUUUAUCGUGAUCGUCUAAAAAGCGUGGAGAAUAAACAUGUCGUGAUAACUGGUGGUUCCAGUGGGAUCGGAAAAUCCGUAGCAAUCGUUGCUGCUAAGAAUGGAGCGCACGUAACUAUCAUAGCCCGUAACGUAGAAAAACUAGAAAAGGCUAAAUACGAAAUAAUGCAAGCUUGUAAGAAUAAAGACAUCCAGCGAGUGGAAUAUUUAUCAUUUGAUAUAACUAAAAACUACGAAGAGUUACAAAAAGCAUUUAUGGAACUCGAGAAGACGAUGGGUCCUAUAUAUAUGUUAGUAAAUUGUGCUGGCUCUUCUGUCUGUGCUAAAAUCGAAGAUACAUCUACUUCCGAUAUACACAAAAUGGUCGAUUUGAAUUUUCUUGGUACUUAUUAUUGCAUCAAAGCCGUCGUGCAAAGCAUGAAAACUGCUAGAGAUGGAAUCAUCGUAUUAACGUCCUCUCAGGCUGGUUUUAUAGGUAUCUAUGGUUAUUCCGCUUAUUGUAGCGUCAAGUUUGCUCUGCGCGGUUUGGCAGAGAGUAUGGCCAUGGAACUUACUCCGCACAAUAUUUCGGUGACUCUUUGUUUACCUCCUGAUACCGAUACACCUGGUUUUGCCGAGGAAGAACUAUCAAAGCUGUUAGAAACGAAAUUGAUUUCUCAAUCGUCGAGCUUAGUAAAACCGAACGUAAUUGCGAAUCAAUUAUUUAAAGAUGCCUUGAAUGGCAAAUUCUUUUCUACCGUUGGUAUGGAAGGAUUUCUUCUGUGUACGGUAUCUUGUGGGAUGUCUCCUUUUACUUCGAUUUUGGAGUUAUUAGUGCAAAUAACAUUAAUGGGUCUCAGCAGACUCAUAAGCGCAUUUUAUCUCAUCUCAUUCCAAAGAAUUAUUUUAAAGUGUAUGAAAACUCGUGAUAAGAAUAAGAAGUCGGAGUGAACAGCGUUAUUGUAUAAUAAGAAGGAUCCGUGGUCCGAUUGCGUCAAAAAAAAAAUCAAUUCACUUCAGGAAACUGAAUGUAUUAUCAUUCCAUAUAAUAUUUAUAGUAACGUCGAAAUGGGAGCAAUAAAUGCACAUUUGAGUA